AUUCAUUUAUAUCAACGAAACACAUCUUGAAAGAAAUACCCAAAUUUUGCAAUUUCAAUCAAGAGAAGUAAAGAUUCAAAAUCUCUCUACACUAUAGAAAGUGCGAAGAAAUAUUUAUUAGAAUCAUAAUAUUAUGAGUGUUAUGGAGAGUGGUGCUAUGAAAAUAGUGACCCCAAAUAACACCAAAUCCUCUUUGCAAGUCCAACAAGCCUCGCCGCCGCCGCCGCCGAUAUGGAAGACGGUAAUGGUGGCGGCGAUCGCCGCCGGGAUUCAAUUUGGCUGGGCCAUUCAGCUCUCGCUCCUCACGCCGUACGUGCAGCUCCUAGGGAUCAAACAUAGCUACGCGCCGCUGAUCUGGCUGUGUGGGCCCAUAUCCGGCAUGUUCGUGCAGCCCAUGGUGGGGUAUUACAGCGACAACUGCUCCUCCCGGUUCGGCCGGCGCCGCCCUUUUAUCGCUGCCGGCGCCGCCCUCGUCGCCAUCGCAGUCUUUCUCAUAGGCUUUGCCGCCGACAUCGGGCACGCAUCAGGCGACCCCGUUGGGAAAGCGAUUAAGCCACGCGCCAUUGCCGUUUUCAUCGUUGGGUUUUGGAUUCUCGACGUGGCCAAUAACAUGUUACAGGGUCCAUGCAGAGCACUACUGGCUGAUCUCUCCGGCGGGAGUUCGAAUAGGACGCGAACGGCGAACUCCUUCUUCUCCUUCUUCAUGGCGGUCGGAAAUGUCCUCGGCUACGCCGCCGGCUCAUACUCUACCCUUCACAAAGUUUUCCCGUUCUCCCAAACAAAGGCCUGCGACGUUUACUGCGCCAACUUGAAGAGCUGCUUCUUCAUCUCCGCCGCACUUUUACUGUCGUUGACCACUCUGGCCCUGAGCACCGUCCGGGAAAGCGAGCUGCCGGUGGAUGCCGUCGAGGAGAAGCUGUCGGUGACGGAGGAGAAGUCAACGUCAAAGUUGCCGUUUUUCGGGGAAAUAUUCGGUGCCCUGCGGGACCUUCCAAGGCCCAUGUGGAUCCUCCUGCUAGUCACGUGCCUCAACUGGGUCGCGUGGUUCCCUUUUUUCUUGUUUGACACGGACUGGAUGGGGAAGGAAGUUUACGGAGGUAACCCUGACGGAAACACUAACGGCGAGGGACGGCUGUACGAGCGGGGGGUUCAAGCCGGCUCGCUGGGUCUCAUGCUCAACUCGGUGGUUUUGGGGUGCAUGUCUCUCGUUGUGGAGUUGCUGGCUCGGCGGCUCGGCGGCGUGAAGAAGCUGUGGGGCGGCGUCAACUUUCUCUUGGCUGGUUGCUUGGCCAUGACGAUUUGGGUCAGCCGAGCCGCGGAGAAGUCACGGCGGUACGGUGCGGAUGGGUCACUCUUGGCUCCGUCAGCGGGAGUCAAGGCUGGAGCGUUGACCCUCUUCUCCGUUCUUGGGAUUCCACUUGCGGUGACUUAUAGCAUUCCCUUCGCUUUGGCAUCGAUUUUUUCUAGUAACACCGGUGCAGGCCAAGGUCUCUCCCUUGGUGUUCUCAAUCUCGGAAUUGUAAUGCCACAGAUGAUGGUAUCGCUAGUGGGUGGACCAUGGGACGAGCUAUUCGGAGGUGGGAACUUGCCAGCAUUCAUAGUAGGGGCGGUUUCAGCAGCUCUUAGUGGGAUUUUUGCCAUCACUUUGCUUCCUUCUCCUCCCCCAGACGCCAGAGUUCCAGUCACCGCUGCUUUCCACUGAUCCAUGGGGAUUAUUAAUUAAUUACACACAGUAAUUAUAUUGUCAUCAGUAAAUUAAUGUCUUUUAAUCACCAGCCGGUCGAUCUGUGAUCGGAUUGGGUGCCUUUUUCCCACCUCAGUAAAUUUGCCUUUUCUUUUUAUUUUCAAGUCAUAAACAUGCAACAAUUAAGCUAUGUAGGUGGACGACAUGCAUGUUUUGCCAGCAAAGUUCGAUCCGCCUUAAUUAGCUAGCUUGUUAAUGUGAAUUAUAUAUAUAGUAAUUAGUUCAUGCAUGCAGUUAAUUAUGUAAUUAUAUAUGUAUGUCUAGCGCAUCUAGCUUAGCUUAGCUUAUUUCAUAGCAAGCUAGCUAGAUAGGCCAACAAUUUUAAUUAAUUACUUGGCCGGGUGAGAGAUAUUAUUGUUAAUUCACUUAUAAUUUCAUAUGUGCAAUUAUAUAUCUCAGCUAAGAUGUCAGGUUGGUUGAUGUGUGUGUGUAUAUGUGAAAUAAAUUUCACUUUUCGAUCCUACAAGUAUCGAAUCAAUUUCAC